UCCUACCCCGGGCCCUGGCUGUGGUUCUGCCCCUAGCCCUGGUACUGCCCCAGGCCCCGCCCCCAGUAACAGAGACGUGUGGUUCCCCUUGAGCCCGCGGACUUCGCCCGGCCACGACCCCCAUCCCGCCCCGCAUCCAACCGCGCCGACGGGCUCACAUCUCCUCCUGCCUUCAAGACACCUCUACUUGCACCUCCUCCCGUCGCCUCAGAUUUAACAUGUCCAAGACAGAAUUCCUUCUCAUCCGGCCCAGACCCUGUCCUCUCCCUGACUUUUCCGUCACUAUAGACGGCACCGCCGUCCUUCCUGUCUCCGAAGCCCGUAACCUAGGCCUUCUCCCUGACUCCUCUCUCUCGGUCAACCCACGUAUUCAGUCUGUCACCGACUCCUGUCUGGUGCCCACCCUCACGACAUCGCUAAAACAUCCUCCCUUUCCUCUCCAUCCCAACUGCUUCCGUGUUAAUACAAUCACUCAUCCUCUCCCACCUGGAUUACUACAUCAAUCUCCUUGCUGACCUUCCUACUUCCUAACUCUCCCCACUCCAACCCAUUCCGCACUCCGCUGCUCGGAUCGUCUUUCUACAGGAACGUCGGGGACACGCCACCCCCAACCUCAGAAAUCUCCAGUGGCUGCCCCUCCACCUCCGUAGCAGACAAAGACUCCUCGCCGUCGGCUUUAAAGCUGUCCGUGAUCUUGCCCCCUCCUACCUCACGUUGCUGCUCUCCUUCUAUAUUCCGGGCCGCCCACUUUUUGCUCCUCUAAUACUGAACUUCUCGCUGUGCCCCGAACUCGCCCGUCUCACUGCCCGCCGCCGGCCCUCGUCCCGCUUCCGGCCUGGAACGGCCUCCCUCCUCUCAAAUCCGUCGGCGAGUGACUCUCCCCAACUUCAGAUCCUUAUUGAGAGCACCUCUCCUCCGGGAGGCCUUCCCGGACUGGGCCCGCUUUUCUCCCGCGCCCUUCUCUAUCACCCCGACUUGCGCCCUUUACCCUCCACCCCAGACCCACAGCGCUUACGUAUGUAUCUGUAAAUUUAUUUAUCUGUACUGACGUGGGUCCCCCUGCCUCUCGACUGCGGGCUCGUCGUGGGCAGGUAAUGUCGCUGUUUAUCGCUGCACUGUACUUUCCCAAGCACCGAGUGCUGUGCACACGGUAAGCGCUUAAUAAAUAGGAUUGAAUGAAUGAAUGAGCUUCCAUUCCAGAGGAGUCUAGCUAAGCCAUAGAAAUGUUGGGGUCCAGCAGCAGGGACUCUCCACACUCCCCUAGGGCGUCUCCUACAUCCCACCGUGGAGAAAUGACGUAGAGAGGGGUCCACGGGAGACCCUGGGCGACGACGCCCUGGAUGAGACAUCCUUCGUAACCGAGCGAGGGCGUGCCUUCCCCGUCCUGAACUUGGCUCGACGACGUCGUCUUCUCCGGGAGAUAAAGCCCCUUCCUUGGGAAAGAUUUACCUGGAGAAAAAGCAACUUGAAAGCCCUAGUUUAUUGACGGGAGCGAGACGGAGGUUUUAGAAUGUCAUCACCCCUUCACGAACCCGACGAUGACGACGUACUCUCAGCUGGUUCUCAGAGUCAACGGGAGAUGUUCCUUCCUGAUUUUUCUAAUAUUUCAGCCGGCAUGAAUGAGGAACUCCCGAAACCAGCUCUAAAUCCAUGUACCGAAGUUCAGGAGGAGUCAGAAAAUCAUCACCCUCAGGGUUUGGAGCUAGCCACACGUCGCAAAAAUAGUUCACGGGAAAACCCUCUACAGCGAAGCCAAAGUCAAAGUGAAAUGAGUUGGCGGAAACCAGACGUCGUAAGUAAAAAAGCUGAAUUUCAGGCAAGAAUUCAGGAGCUUGAAAGAGCAUCAAAUGCCGUGGCGUCAUUUUUGACACUAUUUAAAGGCGCUAUUGCUGAAAUCAGUUUUACAAACGCUCAUCGUCUAUCCACAGCCACUGUGCUAAAGAUUUCCAACCAGAAGGCUAUCUUCUCCAAGGAAAUAGAGACUUUUAAACGUGCAAAGAAAGUGUUAGAACGCCUCCUUAGAGAGACAGAGUACAAAGAAGAGAAUAGCACCCCAGCUGACAUUUUGUUGGUGAAGCUAACUGAGAUGGAAAUUGAAAAUACUAACCUCAAGAGAAAAAUGCUGGAAAAGGAGAAAUGCAUCCAAGAGCUCUCGUGUCUGCUUCAGAAAGAAAAAGCAAAUAAUUUGAAAGCGACCAAUCAUUCACGGUCGGUAAAAGUGGUACAGACCAGACUGCAACUACAGAUUCAGAAGAAGGAAGUUGAGAACGAUCAGCUGAAAGAAUAUAUGAAGAGCCUCGAAACUAAAAUAGCAGAGUGGAAUACGCAAUUGAGAAAACAUAGACAUCAGACUCUGACUUGGAAAGAAACAAAUGAGCCAAAAAAGAUCGCUCUGAAAAAGGCCACUAAAGUGCAGAGACAAAGAGCUGAAUGCCUCGAAGCCGAUAUCGGGAGUCUCACUUCCCAAAUUAAGGAUAGGGAAGCCAAGUUGUCUGAGACCUUUUCAGCUUCUAGUGUCUGGAAAAGUCAUUACGAGAAGGUUGUAGAAGAAAAGACUGUACUAGAAGUUCAGAUUGAAACCUUGCAAAAACAAAUCAUGAGUCUUUUGGAAGAUUUGAAAAAAAUAGAAGACAGUGGAAGAAAUUCAACUGAAGACCUUCUUGAAAAGCUUCAUUCCAGUGAUUCAAAAAAUGAAUCCAUUAACCAUGAGAAUGAAAAAAUAAAGAGCACCUUUGCUGCUUUGAAGGACAAGGUUGCUUCUGUUGAAGAGGAGCUCUUAGAAUUGCAAGAAGUUGAAAAACAGCAGAAAUUUCUUGCAGAAGAGUAUAAAACUCAGGUACAGAAGUUACAAGCAGCAGCCGAAGAAGUGAAAAGCAGAUAUGCAAAAGUAUUGCAUGAAAAUAAACUAAUGAAAGCAAGUAAGGAUUUAGAAUUAGAGGAGGUGAGAAGCCAGAAGGAAGCACAUUUUAAGGAAUUAGAGCGUGCUCGCGGUUUACCGAAGGCAGCGGAACGGAGGCUGCAGGAGUGUCACAAAAACCUCUUGUACUUCAAAGGGAGAUGCGCAGAGCAGACCCAAACGGUUAGGGAACUUCAGGUUCAGGUUGAUGAAAACGACAGUCUUUUGAAAGCGCUCUCUUUGGAAGAGAAAAACUGUCACAUCCGCUUAAAAUGUGAAAGCCUAGAAAGAAAAUUGGAACAGAUGGAUGCAGAUAAUGCGGAGCUGGAAAAUAAGCUGGCGAGCCAAGAAGAGCAUCUUAAAUUCAGUGAAUUGCAACUUAAGAAGAAAUCGGCAGAAUACGGAGCCUUGGCCAGAAAAUUGGAAGCUACGUUAGAGGAAGGAAGGCAAAAGGUUUCUGAAGAGAUGGAGAGAUUGUCUUCCAAAGAACAGGCACUACAGAUAAAAAUAUUCGAUCUGGAAACUGAGCUAAGAAGAAAAACCGAAGAGCAAAAGCAGCUCGUUUGCCAGUUGAACAAUAACGAGCAAUAUCAGGAAGUGUGUUUGAAAGAAAUGCAACACAGCCUGGACAAAUCAGAGAACCAGAAUAAGAGUAUCCGGAAUUACAUACAGUUUCUCAAAACAUCAUAUAUAACAAUGUUUGGAUGAAGCAAUUCAGUUAGUUUCUUAAAGUUUUAAAUUUUUCAUAUGAUAGUCCAGUAUCAAGCACUACAAAGUGGACACUGAAAACCCACUACAAUAGAAAAUAACCUAUAGUUUUGCACUAGUUAUCGAUGUGUACACUCUCAAACACUAGGAUAUAUCUCUUGUGCAAUAUUGGAAGAUAAUUUAAUCAUUCUUUUUGGAAAAGAGGUAUAGGUAUUUCAUUAUGCUUCCUUGUUUGAAAAUAUCUGCUCAAGUUCAUUUAACUGAAGAUGUCUUAGUAAUAAAAGACAUCUCAAACAGUUAAAAUAGGACAAGUCAGUUUUCUUUCACCUGAGUUGAAGUCCAUCAUGCCCAAAGAAUCUGGCUGAUGAGAUCUAAACAUGCACCCACACCAAAAUGAGGGUUUUUGAACCUGAAGAAUUUCACAUUCAUAGAAACUUGCGUUAUGGUCCUCACAUCGUGUCCAAACCAAUGCACAGAUCUGUUUCUCCCAACAGAGCAUCAUGCUGUUUACAUACGGAGGUGCAUUUUUAAAAAACAUUCCCCAAAUCCACCGCAGCUUUCUAUCCAAAACUUGGAACCAUGGAUUUUGGCACAUGUAACACAUACUGAACAUAAUGAAUAUGGACAUUGGCUUUCUGUUACAGUGGCAUACUUUCCAAGCAUUGAGCAUGUCUAAAAAUAAAUUCUGUUAUUAAAAAAUG